UUGUCCCUCAGCGCGAUCCGUCAGUCGUCAAAAAAAAAAAAAAGCAACGCCUGAGAGCGACGCUUUCAGCUCAUGUACCGCUGGCUCAAAGAUGGAAAGCGACACCACUGUCAGGAGAAUAAAACCCUUCGGGACACAGAAUUAUGUAGCGCAAGAUAACGACGGUUCCCGGGGCCGGUGGGGGGAUAACGGCUACAGCGAUGACCCGAAGAGAAAGCCCAAAGUGAGCAUAUAUUUGCUGCGGGAAGGGCUUGCAGCUUCUCUGGUCUCUGUGUUUAUUUUGGUGCUGUGGGGACUUGUUCAUUUGUCGUUACAGCAGCUCGUCAUUGGGAACCCCACCGGCGAGUUCAACGCAGGGAGAGCCAGACGGCACUUGGAGCAGAUCACCAGCGUCGGCCCUCGGCCAGUGGGCAGCCAGGAGAAUGAAGUCCUGACAGUGGGCUACUUAUUGGAGCAGAUUGAGAACAUCCGGGUUGAGACCGCAGCGGGCCCCCAUCAGCUCACGGUAGAUGUGCAGCAUCCCACUGGCACUUUCUCUAUUGACUUUCUUGGAGGCUUUACUAGCUUCUAUGACCGUGUCACCAACAUUGUUGUCAGGCUGGAGCCUAAGAGCGGGGCGCAGCAUCUCAUGCUAGCCAACUGCCACUUUGACACAGUGGCCAACAGUCCAGGUGCCAGCGAUGAUGCAGUGAGCUGUGCAGUGAUGCUGGAAGUCCUCCAUUCUCUGGCCAAUCAGUCUACUCCUCUCCGUCAUGGAGUUGUCUUCCUUUUUAAUGGGGCAGAGGAAAAUAUCCUUCAGGCCAGUCACGGUUUCAUUACUCAGCAUCCGUGGGCCAAGCAGGUGCGAGCCUUCAUUAACUUGGAGGCUGCAGGUGUUGGGGGCAAGGAGGUUGUUUUCCAGACAGGUCCAGAGAAUCCAUGGCUGGUCCAGGCUUACGUUCACGCAGCCAAACACCCCUUUGCCUCUGUGGUCGGCCAAGAGGUCUUUCAGAGUGGCAUCAUCCCCUCUGACACGGACUUCCGCAUCUACAGGGACUUUGGUAACAUCCCAGGCAUUGAUCUGGCUUUCAUUGAAAACGGUUUUAUCUAUCACACCAAGUAUGACACUGCUGACAGGAUCCUGACAGACUCGAUACAGAGAGCAGGCGACAACAUUCUGGCGGUCCUGAGGUACCUGGUAAUGUCAGACAAGUUGGCUGAUUCCUCAGAGUAUCGUCAUGGCAACAUGGUAUUUUUUGACCUGCUGGGGGUAGUCGUGGUGGCUUACCCAUCCCGUGUUGGCACCAUCCUCAACUACAUUGUAGCCACUGCCACCUUCCUCUAUCUGGCCAAGAAAGCCUCACGACCAGGCAAUUGGGGUGGCCGAUAUGUUCGAGAUCUGGCCUGUGCUACAGGUGUAGCAGUCCUGAGUUGGUUCGUCACCCUGCUGUCAGUGCUGAUUGUUGCUCUGCUUGUCACUCUGCUGGGCCGCUCCAUGUUUUGGUACAACCACUUCUAUGCCUCCAUCUGCCUCUACGGGGCUGCUGCCACAGGCAAGAUGAUCCUCAUUCACACACUGGCCAAGAACUUGUAUUACGAAGGUGUCCGUUUGGUGGAGCUGGGUGAUCUCUACUUUGACGUGAGCUUGUUGCUGUGGUGCUGUGGCCUGGUGUGGCUGACCCACCAGGGCCUGUGUUCAGCCUACGUGCCCAUGCUAAUGGUGGCCUUCCCCCUGGCCACCAGACUGUUGCUGGCAAAAGAAUUUAAACACAGAGGAGCAUCAGUGAAGUACAGUGUGCUCUAUAUGUUGGGCCUGACUUUGCCUUACGUCCACUUCAUGUUCCUUAUCUGGGUGGUGUUUGAAAUUUUCACACCCAUCAUGGGUCGCAGUGGCACUGAGAUACCACCUGAGGUGGUGAUGGCCUCUCUGGUCACCCUGGCAACCAUCUUCCUCUCUUCCUUUUUUCUGCACUUCAUCUACUUGGCACGGAGCACUAAGUGGAUCCUGGCUGGUCUGGGUUCAGUAUUCAUCAUCACGUUCCUGUUGAUGUCCUGUGGGCUCUUCUUUCCGUUUUCAGGCAGUCCAGACAGCCCGCGGCCAAAACGAGUCUUCCUGCAGCACACGACGCGGACCUUCCACAAUCUCCAGGGCGAAGUGGAGAGCCAAGACUCGGGUCUGUGGAUGAACAGUUUCGACUACACAGGCAUACAGCACCUCACACCCCACAUCCCUGAGAUCAACGACAGCGUUCGCACUAGCUGCCGUGAGGACCGGCCCUUCUGUGGUUACCCCUGGUUCCUGCCGUUGAAGUUCCUCAGCAAAAAGAACUGGUACCUUCCUGCUCCGGAAGUGUCACCCAGCUCACCGGUGGAGUUCAGCCUGCUGUCCAGAGAGGAGACCAGCUGGGGGACGGUCAAGAUGGUCUUCAGUGUGAAAGGCCCCAGCCACAUGUCCCUGUAUCUGAUGCCUCACCGAGGAGCCAGCCUCUCCACCUGGUCCUUCGGUGACGGGACGCCUCAGUUUGACCUGAGCGGAGAAUAUUUUGUCUUUUAUUCCCACGGCCUUGACGCCCCCACAUGGAUCUUCUGGUUCGAAAUACAGCCUCCCAGGGACCCGGACCCAGCUGGCCCUGAGGGGAUGAUCUCCGUUGCCAUCUCCACCCACUAUUUCUUCGGGCCCGACAGUAGGACUGCUCAACUGGAGGGCAUCCUCCGCAAGCUUCCCACGUGGGCUUUUCCUUCGUCUUGGGUCAGUACCUACGACAUGUACCGAUACUGAGGAUGCCACACAUCACAGAGGCCGACGCUGACCAAGCUGAGAGCUACAGGGGCCCCCGAGAAAAUAUUUCAAGGAACAACACUGAGGACCGGCCCUGACGCCUUUUCUCUCUGACACAAACGCACACUCUAGCACACACUCAUGCUCCCUCCCAGCCUGCCUGCCUGAGAGACCUCCAUCACUGUGUCAGUAGGUCUAGUAGCUGACCGAGCAGGAGGACGCGCUGAGACACACCAGAGGUAAGCUGAUCAGACAGCUUACAAACUGACUAACUCAACGGCCGACACACUGGCCACCGCUAGCCUCAUGCUCACUCCUGGGUUAGUGAAAACAAAGUUGUUUUUUUUGGUACUUAAUCUGUCGUGCCUUUGCUUUACUAAAUCCAUUUCACUCCCCUCCUCACUUUCCCUCUUGCUCACUUCCUCCCUUUCUUCAUCUCUCAUGCUUCCUGAAUGAAUAACGUUGCAUGGCUACUUCCCCUGCACUCUCUUUAUGAGCAAACCUCUUGGGCCAUUCUCAGACUAGAUGUGUCUCUGGCUUCCUCUGCAGAAAUGACACAACCACUAUCUGCACUGUAGGUGAAGUAACAUACUGAGCAAUCUGUUUGGGAGGGGAAACAAAGAACGGUUUUGUUCCCCUGAUCCGACUUUAACUGGAAACUUGCUUUUCAUUUAACAAGUUGCUCUUCAUAAUUUGUCAAUAACACCAAUGAUUUGCAGCAAGUCGUACCCCUGUGUUUGUCAUGUCAGGAAUGCCAACAAUCUGCUUUAAUUGUCAAAGAAUCUGGCAUGCAGAGGCAGGAAACUGUGCCUGUUCAAUGAGAACAGCUGGCUUAAAUCAAAAUGUGAACGUGUCCUUUAGGAGGAGGAGUCACUUUCUGAAGAUUUCAUGCAGAGGGCAAUAUUUAGGGUCUUACAUUUUUCAGCCUGGUGUGUUCACGCAAAUGUGUAUUGAUUUUGGGCGCAAUGAGACCAAAACUCACAGGGAAACACGGACGUGUGGCAAUCUCACUGUCCUUUGAUUUCAGAUUAUUCCCUGAGCCUUGAGGGUGACUGGGUGGAAAUGCUACUCCACACUCAUUAACAUGAUCAGUAUCAGUCAGCUAGUUCUCUCUCACAUUAUUUGCAUUUGCAGUUACUGUAAUAGUAUUUUGCACUUGUUCAAACUUGACUUCUGCUCUGUGCUACAACCUAUCUCCAGCAGCACCAAUGCAUGUCACAUUUCAUAUACUAAACGAUGAAUCAAGAAAAAAAAUCAGAAGAUUAAUAGAUAGUGUAAAUAACUUAGUUCUGACCCUAAAGGAACGUUAUCCAGUUUGCAUAUCUUGGCUGCAGAUGAAGAUAAAUUCAUCAGACCUUGAUGCAUUUUCAGUUAAUUGUACCAUGGCAUCAAAACAGAAUGAUGUACUGUAGCUUCAUUUGAAACCAGUUAAAAACCACGAAGGUGCACAUUUUCAACUCUAUAGCAAUAUAGAUAAUAUAUUAAUCCAAGUUAAAAACAAAUGGGUGAAUCUUUGUUUUAUGAGUCUGUAAUUUCUAAAUAAUAUAUUUAAUGUAUAUACAAAAUUUUUAAGACUUUUCCUGGAUAGAACUAUGCGGUUUGGUACUAAUGAUAUGGAAUAUGGAGAACAUGUUAAGUUACUUCCAAUUAGUUAAUUUCAACAACUGAUUGUGCAAAAAAAGUUCAGUCUACAGGCAAGCAUACAAUUCAAAACAUGCGGAGAAUACGGAUUCCGAUAAUAAGAAUAUUUACUGAGCUUUUCUUUUAAAUAAAUUCAUAUUUUCCCUAUAAUUUACCAAAUUGCAUAGUUAUUUCAAGGAAAUGUCAUCAAAUAACAUCUAUUAAAAAAAAAAAGCGUCACCAAAAGCAGUCAUAUACAGAUAGUUAUGAAAUGAAAUUCUGUUACCAUAAAUACUCUCUGCUGAAACAUCCAGCUAAUUGUCAACCCAGUGAGGAGCUGCACUAUGCCAAACUGUUCAUUAACUGUAAUUUCUCUCCUCCAAGUUUUGGUGCUGCUGCGGACAGCUCGUACCGGUUACUAUUGCUAAUGUUUCUUAUAUUUCACUCAUCUCAUGUGGAGCUUCAUCUUUUUGGUCUAGAGCCCAAGUAUCACAACCCAGUUAUUAUGACCUGUUUUACAUGUCUACUUCACAUAGUCAACCCUUAUAGAACACCAUGGCACAGUUACAGCCAGGUUACACUAAAAAAAGGGGAUCGGAUGACAGGUUGUCCACACUGGAAGGCGAUAUUGUUUAAAUAUGGGGAUAAAAGCCAUCUCUCCUGGAAAACCUUCAGAGUGUUGCGCUUGGUUGCUCACAUUAAAAUCGACAAAUAGUUGUGCCAAGAAUGAAAAAAGAGAGCUAGAGAGAAGCUCAAUACCUUGCUCCUUUCUCACCUCCACACAGCUGGCCAAUCACAGUGUGAGGUGGGUGUGAAUGUCGGUUUUUGGAAAGUUAUAGAAAUGGUCGGACGGACACAGAUUUCCCCCCCCCCCCCUUAUCUGAUGUCAGAAAGGUGUGGAGGGAGGGGGUUUCUGAAGCUAUUAGACCACCACUACCUCCACAAUGAUCAAAACUUUGGUCCAACACUAAGAUAAUGGCUAUUUUUUUUCAUCUUUUUUUGUUAAGAGAUUGAUUGCAUUUUGAUGGAUUAUAAAGCCUCAUCAUAUUUGUUUGUGACUAACUGUUUUCCACUAACAAAGUGGAGAGGUUCCAGUGGUUUGAUAGUUGAAUUGCAUCUGUGUUUUCUCUGCCUUCAGUCCCACUCUGAUGAAACCUGUUUAACCACAAACAAAUGUCACAUGUGUAUAGUUGCUUGUUGGCAGUUUGACUCCUCCUAUAUGUAAUCAUAGGUGGCAACGGUUUCUGAGGACAUGGGAAAUUGUUUGCACUUGGGAAAUCGACUGAGCAAAAUCAUCUUUGGUCCCCUUUGUGUGAUCCAUGUUGUCUGUUUUGGCUUCAGUCACACAUAAUAAAUGCUGACAUAAAGGAGGCCUUAACAUUUCGCUUCCAAAGACACGUCAAAUGUUCACUGUUGUGGACACAAACAUCUCAGUGGUCUUAAAGCUAUCAGGUGCUGCACUGUACAGUGUGUUUUUAUGUACGUGAAUCGUUGUCCAUUGGGGAGUUUGAACUUAAAAUCAGCCUUGGACAGCACUUGGCAAGUAAAGAACAUGUCGUCCUUAAUCGUCUUUAAUGCACAAUGUGUAACGAGAAGUCCUUAAAGUACUCUAACUCCAUCUGCUGAGGAAGAUACAGUGUGAUACAAUUUAAAAGCUCCAGAGCAGGUGAGAUUGUUUUUGUCAAAAGCCAGAUGAUCAUAUCAGCUGACCGCAGUAUGAAGACAUGUCUGACCUCAGUGUCCCUUCAAAAAGUAAAAUAUCAAAUAUAUCAGACAUCUGCUCAAUUUAAUUGGCUGGUGAAAUUGUCAACAACGUAGAGAUUUUAUACCUUUUAUAACGGUUUUCUUUUUUUUCCCCCAAAUGUAUUCAGCUGGUUUGUAUUUCCACCAAGAUAACAGUUUAUUAAAAGACCACUAGACUUGUUUUUACUUAAAACAUGAAAUGGAAUAAUAGUGAUGAAUAACAGGUGCGUUUGUUUCUAUAAAAGCACGAACACGGGAGGAACUGCUGUAAAUGUGGGACGCAGCAGGGAGAUGUCUGACUUAAAAGCUGUGAAAUGGCUCAUCUGACGCAGUUGGUGCUCCCACUGUUGGACUAAAGCGUACACCGAACACUGCUAGAGCUUAAAAAACACGCUGCUUUUAGAAUGACGUGAAAUAAAAUUGUUUGUGACAGAAUCUAAUGUAUUAAUGUAAGACUCAGAGGCUAACCAAGCGCUGUGCAUUGUGAUUUUUGUUAAGUGUAAACUCACUCACAGACGUAGCUUUAUCGUCAUCACAUGUUAACAGUCAGUCAAGAAAACCAAAUCAGUCAUUCACACAAAUAUUCAUAUCAGCUGGAGAAAUUAGCCAUUUUAGCUGAAAUCUAUUUUGGGAUAUAUACAUUGAAAUGUCUUAAUGUUGUUGAAGGAUGUCCUUUUUUCUUUUUUUAAGAUGUUUAAUUUGUUAAGUUUUUUAAGGGUUACUUAUACUGUUUCUUUUGUCCAACAUCUUAACUUUUCACCAAUGCCUAUUUUUGUUACUGUUCACUUUUGUUCUGAAAGUUCAAUUUUUUUUUUUUUUUUAAAGACCGAUCAUGAUGUUCUUUUUUUUGUGAUUGAUUUGACAUUUUAAAGGUCCUGAACACCCGCACAAGUGUUUUCAGUUAAUCUGGCUCAUGAGACCUCUUCCCAGGACUGUGGGACGUGUCUAUAGACUGAUUGACAUCUUCCUGAAUUUCUUGUUUCUUUGCUUUGUUGCACCUGUUAGGGCAAGACUAGUCUAUAGGUGUUUCUCAUGUCUCUUAAAUUGCCUCCUCGACUCCUCCACUUGCCUCUCUUCCUCUGUCUUAGUCCCCACCCCCCCACCAUGAGGCACGGGAGAGACGCAAGGAAAUCAUCGGAGGAGAAAGGCAACAAGGAAAUGCGUCCUUCGCCCAACUCGACUUUGAACGUACACAUGGUCCACCAAAACAAGUUGCGACCCGAGGCUAUUUUGCAGAGGCGCCGUUGCUCCAUCCGGCGCAUAGCACCGUCCGUGACGAUUGUGAUUGGUUUAAAGAAAUACUAAUGAACCAGAGCAGGUGUUUCUCGCAUCCCGGAAUGCUGUGGUGAGUAGAGACUAGGUCAAGACAAAUUACAGCUGUAUCAACUUAUUGGUAGAAAAUAUUUGUGACCUAAUAAAUUCCCAUCGAAGCUACGACCCACCUUCAACCUGAGCAGAGGUCUAAUCGGCCAGAAUCCGUGAAAUCACCGGUGUGGGACCGGUCAGAGACUUUAAAUAACUCCUUAAACUGCUGUUUUGUUUUUGAAAUUGCAUAUUUGUCUGUCAAUUGAAAUGUAAUGAUUGAUAUGACUGUUGCAAUUGGGAAUAUUGGGAUUGAUCUUAUUACAGGGUAUCCAUUUAUUGAAUGGAUGGGAUGAUUUUACAUUAUGCAAAAAUCUUGUAUUAAAUUAGUACUUCUACGGCAAUUAAAACGCUUAUUACGUUG